GCCUGCCUGGGACAGCUACCUUCCGCCUGCGGGAGUUACAGGUGGCGUUGUUGGACUGGGAACGUUAUUUCCCUUUACCCACCAGUUUUCCUUGGAGGAGAACUAAAGCAGCCCUUUGCCCCUCACAGAGGCACAUGGGCAACUUCUGGAUCCCCCUCCCCUGAUGUUUAGGCACGAAGGAACAGACCAGGGUUCUGGGGGCAGCCAGGAGGCGAGCCUUAGGUUUCCAUAGACACCGUUAAUUGUAUUUCAGGUAUUUGUCUCCAGGGAAACCAGAGCCUGGCUCAGAUCUAUAUAUUUUUCCCCCGUAUGCCGAGCACACAGAGCGCUGGGCUCCAAGGAGGGAGGGGACAGAUAAAUAAAUAAAUAAAAACUGCCAAGAAGUUUACUCUCUCCUCCCCCGGUCCCUUUCAAGACACCGCCGCGAUGCUCUCCAGCGAGAGAGGCAGCAGGCGGUGAGCGGGGCUCGGAAAACGCUCCGGCGCCCGGUGAGAAGCCGAGCAGCAGAAGAGCGAGGGCGCGAAGCGGAGCGGACAACUCCGGAGCAACUUGGGCUGCGGCUCACCCCGCGAACUAAGCGAGACUCCGCGGCGCGUCGCACAUCAGGGCAGCGGUUGGAGCUGAGAGCGCCCGGAGGAUGCCAGCGAGCAAGGCGCCCCACGCUACCCCCGGCCGGAGUGUCCCUCGCUGAACAGCUGUGUCUGGGGAGGAGCCGGGGUCGCCGCGGCGAUGAACAGCUCGCUGGCCCCGCUCAACGCGUCCGGCGGCGAGGCCGGCUGGCAGCCCGAGUCCGUGCUCAUCCCGCUGGUGUACGCGCUCAUCUUCCUGCUGGGCACGGUGGGCAACUCGCUGGUGCUGGCCGUGCUGCUGCGGAACGGGCAGGUGAAUAACACCACGAACCUCUUCAUCCUCAACUUGGGCGUGGCCGACCUGUGCUUCAUCGUCUGCUGCGUGCCCUUCCAAGCCACCAUCUACACCCUGGAGGGCUGGGUCUUCGGGCCCUUCCUGUGCAAAGCCGUGCACUUCUUCAUCUACCUGACCAUGUACGCCAGCAGCUUCACCCUCGCCACCGUCUCCCUGGACAGGUAUUUGGCCAUUAGAUACCCUUUGCAUUCUAGAGAACUCAGAACCCCCAGGAACGCGCUCACAGCCAUUUGCCUCAUCUGGGGUCUUUCCUUUAUUUUCUCUGGCCCAUACCUCAGUUACUACCAGGAGUUCCAGAUGGCCAACCUGACCGUCUGCCAUCCCAUCUGGAAGAUCCCCCAACGCAAGAUCAUGGACAUCUGCACCUUCAUCUUCAGCUAUGUCAUCCCAGUGCUGAUCCUUAGCCUCACCUACAUGAGGACUAUCCGUUACCUCUGGACUUCCGUCGACCCCAUUGAAGACAUGUCCGAAUCCAAAAAAGCCAAGCGCAAGGUCACCAGGAUGAUCAUCAUUGUAGCUGUCCUCUUCUGUCUCUGCUGGUUGCCCCAUCACCUGAUCAUCUUGUGUGUCUGGUUCGGCUAUUUUCCUCUCAACCACGCCACCUACGUGCUCAGGAUCCUCUCACACCUGAUCUCGUACUCCAACUCCUGCGUCAACCCCAUCGUUUAUGCCCUGGUCUCCAAGCAUUUCCGCAAGGGCUUCAAGAAGAUCUUCAACUGCCUCUUGCACAAGAAAGUGGCCAAUAAGGUACAUGUGGCACAGGUGACCAACACUGUCAGCACCCUGGAGGCGGAUCUGACUGAAGUGACGCACAUCAGCGAGCCCCCUCCUGCCAGGUCCUUCACCAGCUGCCAGAUCCCAGGCCAGCCAUGGGGGGAGACGGAGCAGCUAGGGCGCCAGCAGAAAGUAGCCAACUCCUUCAUCACCUUCAAUGUCACCUAGUGGAACUUCUUUCCUAUUGGCUUUGAAAAAAAAAAAUCUUCUGACUCUAGGGCCGUGUCGCGUGGAUCUGGGUAGGACUGAACGUUGGCUUUAAUGUACGGCUCACAAGAAUCUCAGCUUUUAAAAUGCUGCUGCUUUCUAGCCUCUCAGCCACCGCGUGAAUGAUUAAGACCGCUAUGUGGAAUGUGGUUUCAUUGCCCUCCUCUUGGCAUCAUCGCAUAGCUGCAACGAUCAAAACCUACCUUCCCCAAACCAAUUCCUACACGUGCUAGCAUGUGGCCCCCCACUUCGUUAAAAUGGUCAGUCAGUGAGCAUGUGGGGAGGUGCUAGAGGGGGUUAGAUUGGAAACAAAUUAUUUUAUUUCCUUUGUGGAAGAAUUUUGCAUCUUUGAAAGUCUUACAGAGCCACUUGGCUGCAAGAGAAUGGCUUGUGGGAGCCAUUUAUAGCUCCCCUCACUAGCCUCGGCCCUAGAACAUUCUCUCCAGAUUGCGCUGCACCUCUAAAGCGGAGAUGCUGCUUCGGUGCACAUGGCCAACUGGGGAAGCUCGUUGCUGCGCUGGUAAAAGUCAUUCCAUUAUAACAGCCAAAAAAGGGGAAUGGCUUGCUGAACGACCCUUCUGCUGUCGCACGGGAGUCUCCAAAAGGGGUGUGCGGGGGACAGGUUUCAGAGGGUUUGUAUAUAAAGGCGCAGGAAGGAAGCUCAGUUCUCACAGGUUCUUCUUCUGUGACCUCACCUUUUUGCAUUUAAUGACAGGAGUCUGUUGCCAUGGAAAUGACAGUGAUGUCACAAAUGCAGCAUUAUGAGCCUGGUUCUUCUGUGCCACGCCCCUGGUGUGGUCACUUGCACCAGUGCAAAGUGCAUGUAAAUGGCAGCCAGCCUGAUGGGUGUAAAUAGCAACGCAAGGUGUGGGUGGAGAAGUCGUCACCGUGGGAUUGACAAGGAGGAGAACAUGUGCAGAAGGACAAGCGGGUUGAAACACAAAGUGCUCUAGUCUCCUCCUGCAUGCAGAAAGGGGCCAGUCCAGUUGGAACCUGGGCAGGGGCACAGAAGGGGAGAUAUGCGCUAGCAUAACAAACAAGAAUUUGACCAACUCCCUUUGGCAUCAUGUUGAGUCUCCAGGUUCUUCAGACCCAACCGAACGGCUAUACUCACCUUUGGAAGGCCAGAUUCUUUGGAGUGACUCCACUGAAACCAGUGAAGUUCCUUGGCUGAAAAGAAGAGCAGAAUCCGGCUCAUUAUGCCCCCACUCCCUGAAUGUUUAAAUGCCUGUCACUUGCUUUGCACAUCUGCCCUGACUACCACACACACUCAUAUUACACCACAUCGGUUGUUACAUCACCAUUAAUCUCACUGCAGAUUCCACGGAAGUCAUGCUCCCUGACUCCAGGCUGCAUUUAGCUGAAUUAGGCUCGGUGUCCGGGAAGACCCUUUGAACCUCAUGUGACCCCUGUGUAAGUGUCUAGUUGCUACUGCUGAGUACUUGAGCAGGGUCACUGGACCCAUUUUUAUAGCGGGGGCCCUGAAAGUCACUGAACCAAACUGCAAACCCCAGGGAAGCCAGGCAUUGGGUUGCUAUUAGAGCUUCAAGCCAGGGGAUGCUGCUUCAUCCUACUUCCCUUCCAGCACCCUUGGACACGAGUCAGGCUCCAAAUUGAGAAGUUUCUUUCCCUCACCUUCAAGGUCUUUCAUGGCUCUGCCCCUCCCCCUUAGUUCACUCAUCGCCCUUCCUGAUGACAGCCUCAGUGAGCCACUUGUCAGCUUCUCACACAAACAUCUUCUCACUGCCCCUCCCCUGGAAUUCCUGCCCUAAACUGAUCUGAAAGCCCUCCCCUGCGACGCCCUAACCCUCCUCCUCCAAAUCCCUCCUCUGCCAGAAUCAACCAGCCAGUCUAGGCUGAGGCAUAGUUAAGAAAAGUUGGCAUUUUAUCUAUCAUAAUACAAACGUACAGUUACCAAUGUAUAUUACAAUGCUCUGUAUUUGAUUAUAUUGCAUACAUCACUGUGUUAUUAGCUUGUAAGAUCACGGGGGUCAGAGAACAGGUCUUCAUAUGUAUAUGCAUGGAGUGAAGCACAAUGGGGCCCUGAUCCUGACCAGAGCUUUCAGGUGCCAUUACAAUACAAAUGUUAAAUAGUAUUAAGAAGGUGGACGUUUCCAGCAUAUCCCUGUGGCUUGGGCCACUUUGGAUAUGUGGCUAGCCCAGUCAACAUGGUUCCCAUGCUUAUCGCUGACUGCCUAAGUUCUAGCCGUGGGUCGCCCUUUUUCCACAGAAUGACAAAGCCAGCCAGGGUUUUGAAGAUCAUUGCCAUAUACAUCAGAGGUGGAUCUGAAACAAUACUCUACGUCCAAACACCCCUGAUAACGUUGGCAUGUCUGGACCAGGAUUGAAAUCUUGGGGUGUGAGUUUAGUCUUCCUGGCAGGUGACAGCAUGAACACCUGCAAAGGAAGGUGGAUCAGGGAAACUGAUUUUUAGCAGCAUGGGUUAGCCAGGUGUUGUUACUGAGGGGACAAUCUGCCACUGAUGAGAUUAGCUGUGCUAACCAUAUGUGGGAGCAUGGGGACUUUUAUGUCAUAUAAGUGGAGCUGUGAUUCUCACCUAAUGUAUAUCUGUACUUAUCACCUUGGUCUGUUUCAUAUGCUGUGUCUACAUUAGCACCUUUAAUUGCAAUGUGUUUCAAAGUGCUUUGCAGAAUGUCCAGAGAGAUCACUUUAUAUGUACCCAUUGAAAUGGAGCCACCUCUUGGGUGGAACACAGCAGCAGCCCUACACAAGACAUCUUAGGAGGCAAAGGAAGAAUUACAUAGCCAGUUGAACUUAAUGGGCAUAUAAAUCACCUAUCUUGACCAAGACACCUGGACUGAUGCCAAAAAGAGCCAUGGGAUCUUAAUUGCCACAGACAAUCAGGACAUCAGCUUGACAUCUGAUCCAAGAGAAGGCACCUUCAGUAGCUCCCCAGCUUGGGGCAUCGGCUCAGUACCGGCUCAGCUAGAAGAGCGCCAUCUACUGCAUCACCAUUCUUCUGCAGCAUCUAAG